UUUUGACAGUGUGUAAGUCAGGGGAACAUGAAUAACUCGGGCUUUGUGGUAAUCCUCUGUUGGCUUUUGAUGCAAGGUAAAUCCUCCCACGGCAACCUGGCGCAGGAAGUUGGCAUCGCGGAGCAGUGCAAUGGAUAUUGUUUCUCAGUUGUCAAGCCAUUCCUCGAUCAUUGUGCCCAGCUGAAAGAGGCUGCCGAUGCCAAUAAUAAGUUGAAGGAUAAAAUAUACACAUUGGAUGGCACCAUCAACAAUUUGCAGAGCCAGUUACUAAACAGUGGAGCUGAAACUAAAAAACCUGGAUGAAAAAAUAAAGGAAAAGGACGAAAUAAUCAAGGAAAAAGCCGAAAAAAUCAAGGAAAAGGUCGAACAAAUCAAGGAAAAAGUCGAACAAAUCAGGGACAAAGACACACAAAUUACGGAGCUCAGAGAGCAGGUUAAAAUGAUGUAUAGGGUGCUUGCUGAAAAAAAUGAUCAGCUAUCAAAAAUUAAUCAAACGUCAGAGUCUUUAUCUGGAUGGACGGUCAUUCAAAGGCGAUUUGAUGGAAGUGUGGAAUUUAAUCGAAACUGGAGGGACUACAGAGAUGGAUUUGGAGACCCCCGUGGAGAGUUCUUCAUUGGUCUGAAAAAAUUGCACAUGAUGACAGCAGCUGACCCUCAGGAAUUGUACAUAGAUCUCGGAGAUGUUGAUGGCACUUAUCGCCAUGCCAAAUACGACAACUUCAUAGUGGGAAGCGAAGAAGAGAGCUUUGUUCUUAAAUCACUUGGUAACUAUUCGGGAAAUGCAGGGGACUCCCUGAGGGAACACGAGAAAGAAAAAUUCGCUACCGACGAUCGGGACAGCCCUAAUAAGUGCGUUCAUAGUUACGACGGUCCGUGGUGGUUCAAUGGUUCGAGUUGCGGGAAAAGUUCGUUAAAUGGAAAAUAUUUCAAAGAAGGCAUUGCCGAUGGAAGAAAUGGAAUUUCUUGGGGCCACUGGAAUAUGUUUGAUUACAAACUCUCAUUGACUUUUGUGAAAAUGACGAUAAGGCCAAGAAGCCCUCUGACUUAAGUAAUUAUGCUUCGAAAAUACGGUUAAAAGAUCAACUUUGGUUUGAGAGAAAUGUAAAAUCUAAGAAAUUUGCAUUAAAGAACAAUUGACAAAACUUAUUACGA